AUACGUGAAGGAAGUGGUUUCUCCUCGCGUGCUCACACCGUCCGUUCAGUCAGGGAGACUGCGAGCAAGCCAGCCGGAUUAGUGACUUGGAAUUUUUUUUUUUUUUAUUCAUCUAGUACUUCACCUUUUUUUUCUCCGCAUAUUCCGCAAACGUUCAGACAGGACACUAGGGGCGUACCACACUGUGGCACAGUAUCGGAAUUCUGUCGUGAUCUACGAGUGUUUGUAUUAUAAUUUGUGACUGUGAUCUAUAAGCGCCUUUGAUGUUCAGAUCUACCGGAAAGUGUUUUGAUCGCCUAUUUCUUAUAGUUUCUAUCUCUGGAGCUAAAGCUACGUAUUCAGUCAAAGUGACUUUUCAAUGCGGACAUUAAGCUACAUGCAUUGACCCUCUCCUGCUUGCUUACUGAUCAAGUCUGUGUUUCGCUCAUCGCAUUCAAGUUUUAAAAAAGACUCUUCAUCGAGAGGUCCCAAGAUAAGAGAGUCGGAUUUGGUGGGGGGACAAACUGCGCACAGGAGCGUAUCUUUGCCUCCCAUUUUCCCCCCUCCCUCUCUCUUUUCUCUCCCUCGUCGGUCUCAAUGGUCAAGCGAGCCAUACGCUAGGGCAGCUCCUGAGACCCCCCCAUCUGGGAUGUAAUGCGAUGUUUCUCGAGCAGAGAGCGGAUCUCACGUGUCUUAUGUAAUGUGUUGUGAGUGGUCUUUCACCAAGUCUACUCACAACCGAAGUACUCUGUGUUCAGCCAGACUUUUACUCGCUCUGAGAGUGGGACUUGUGUUCAUGCUACUCCUAGGCUCCAACAUAGGUCUAGCUGUGGAACCGGCAGGCCAUGAAGUGCUGGACCUCCUCCAAGGCCUCAAUGCUACCUCGGCCGAGUCGCUGGCCGGGCUACGGUACACAAACGGCCCGAACACGAGUUCGCCAGCAAUCCUGUUGGAGGACCCUGUCCGAUACAUAGCCAUGUCCAGGUCUUUCAGCCAAAGAGCACAGAGGUUGCUUGCUGACCAUUCUGACGUCACGUUUCUCUGUUCGGUCCAACAGAAGCCUGGAAAUACGGGCACAAUAUUGGCUUUAAACUCUGAAUCCAACAGGUUGGUCGAGAUUGAGAGCAACGGCAAGCUCGAUGAGCUGAGGUUCCAUUACGUCCACAACGGGCGAGUCGUUCAGGAAACAUUCCCUUACAUGCUGUCUGAUGGACUUUGGCACCGGCUCGCCAUCUCCGUCAGCGGCGACCGCAUCUCAGUCUACGUGGACUGCAACAGGAUAUACCAGCGGACCAUCCAGACCCCAGAUCGGACGAUGCCCUUAGGCUCCAGGCCGACGUCCUUGUUUCUGGGUCAACGUGAUGGACAGUAUGCCUUGUUCAGGGGAGCUUUGCAAGAUGUCAAAAUUGUAACACAAGCCCAUGGCUAUCUAUUACAAUGUCCGCAGCAAGAUACAGAAUGUUCCACGUGCGCCAAGUUUCAGGAUCUGGAGCAACGUGUGAAAGAAAUGACAACAAUGUACACAGAAUUAACCAGAAAGCUCAGGAAAACGGAGGAGCGCUUGUCAGAGUUGGAACAGUGUGAGUGUCUAAAGUAUUGCCAUGACAACGGAACACAGAGACAGGAAGGGGAGGAGUGGAAGCGCGACAAGUGCACGACAUGUCGGUGUAAGAAUGGAACAGUGGAAUGUCAUAGAGAGGAAUGCCCUUCAUGUCCAAACCCGGUCUACAGAGAUGGAGAGUGCUGUCCCAUCUGCCAAACAACCUGUUACUACAGUGGUAAAUAUUACUACCAUGGUCAGACUGUCAACCCAGCGGUGUGUGUUACCUGCACAUGCGUGAAUGCAGUGAUGCAGUGUAAUCAGUUGGAUGUCCAGAAGGAAUGUCCCCAGUUGAACUGCCCAGAAUCCGAGAGGAUCUCAGUCCACGGAGAAUGCUGCCCUGUUUGCAAAGGAACAGACUUUUGCGCGUUGGGGCACGAUUGUCAUAGCAACGCGUCCUGUGUCAAUCUGGCCACAAAGUACGCUUGCCAUUGCCAGAAAGGAUUUGACGGAGACGGGCAUCGAUGUGAAGAUAUCGAUGAGUGCAAAGUGGCUGGGGGCCCCAAGGGCCACCACUGCAGCGACAAUACUGUCUGCGUGAACACCCAAGGCUCCUAUCGCUGCGACUGUCUUAAAGGAUACAGCCGGCAGGACUCGUCUGAGUGCAAAGACUAUGACACCUGUGUGAAUGGAAUCAACAAGUGCCAAGGUGACUUCGAAUGUGUCAACGUCAAUGGCAGCUACACUUGUCAGUGUAAGGAAGGAUAUGUCAGUGACGGACAGAGCUGUCAACCUCACUGUCGAGGCGAUUGCAGAAAUGGCGGGAAGUGUAUCGCUCCAAACGUCUGCGAGUGUCGUCAUGGUUACAUUGGUGCCAACUGCGAGCUGGAUAUUGACGAGUGUAAUCUUGGAAUCUCCAACUGUCAAGGUCACUCUGUGUGUGUCAACAUCCCUGGAUGGUACCAUUGUGACUGUCUGGAAGGCUUUCACUCCUCGUGGCCAGACAACAAUCUCGGACAUCUCUGUCUCGAUGUCAAUGAGUGCAAAGGUGAAGGGGAAGGUCACACGUGUCACCCGUCCUUGACCUGCGUGAACACAGAGGGAGGCUACACAUGCCAGUGUCCCAACAGCUCUGGGUGCCAUAAAAAUUGUAUGCACGAGGGCAAAGUUCACCUGGACAAGUCAAGAUGGACAUCGGUCAAAGACGUGUGUCAAGAGUGUACAUGCCAGGAGGGCAGGACCAUCUGUCACGAUUCACCCUGCGACUGUGCCAGCCCCUCGGUCAAUCUUCGAUGCUGCCCAAGUUGUGACUCCAGCAGCACGUGUCCACACCAGGAGUUCCUGGUCCACCAGCAGAGUGGAGACACUUGGUUCUAUCAAUGUCAGAGAUGCAAGUGCAUGCAGGGAGAAACUAGCUGCUGGCCAAUCAACUGUCCUCAGCAGACUUGCCAGAACGCUAUCCAACGUCCUGGGGAUUGCUGUCCUGUUUGUGCCGACACUAACCCCUGCGCUGCUUGGGCGAUGGAGACGGGAGGGCAGGACCUCUCGCAAUUGUCCUGCUCGCAUGCAGGGGUCAGUUACUCUCACGGAGACGAGUGGACUUUGCCCUCUGACCUUUGCACCAAGUGCCAGUGUAAAGCUGGCCAUAUCUGCUGCAGUGCUAUUCAAGCGUGUGGCGGUUCCAGACCGAGGUUUUAACACUUUCGUUAAAAGCUGCUUGAUUCCAUGGAUUCACGAAAUGAGUAUUUGUGGGUUGUUGUUUUUUUUGGACAGUAACUACGUUUUUUUUCUUGCUUGAGCUAUUAAUAUACAGGAACAAAAUCAUAAAUGUAGAUAUGUUAGCAUUUAGAGCUAUUGGACAUUUUCAUACAUGGCGAGAAAAUUAAAAUAGCAAGCAUUU